GCGCUGGGAGCGGCGCUGGGCGGCCGCUGCCGGGCGGCGGCGUCCGGGGCCGCGGCUGUGGCCGGAGCCGGGGCCGGAGCGGGAUCCGAGCCACGGCGGAGCAUCAAGUGUGUUCUGGUGGGCGACGGCGCGGUGGGGAAGACKAGCCUGGUGGUGAGCUACACCACCAACGGGUACCCCACCGAGUACAUCCCCACCGCCUUCGACAACUUCUCCGCUGUUGUGUCUGUCGACGGCAAGCCGGUGAGACUUCAGCUCUGUGACACAGCUGGUCAGGAUGAAUUCGACAAGCUCAGGCCUCUGUGCUACACCAACACAGACAUCUUCCUGCUGUGCUUCAGCGUGGUGAGCCCUUCAUCCUUCCAGAACGUGAGUGAGAAGUGGGUUCCUGAAAUUCGCUGCCACUGCCCCAAGGCACCCAUUAUCCUGGUUGGGACGCAGUCGGACCUCCGGGAGGAUGUCAAAGUCCUCAUCGAGCUGGACAAGUGCAAAGAAAAGCCAGUGUCAGAGGAGGCUGCAAAGCUCUGUGCUGAGGAAAUAAAAGCUGCGUCCUACAUCGAGUGCUCCGCUUUGACUCAGAAAAACCUCAAGGAGGUCUUUGAUGCAGCCAUCGUGGCUGGUAUUCAGUACUCGGAUACCCAGCAGCAACCAAAGAAAUCCAAGUGUAGGACUCCAGACAAGAUGAAAAACCUCUCCAAAUCCUGGUGGAAAAAAUACUGCUGUUUUGUAUAGGAGUUGCRAGGACCUGAGUGCUUUUCUGAGGAAAUCAAUAGAGGCUAUAUUAGCUGAAAUCUCAAUUUGUGUCGUCCUGAGUGUAUAGUGUAGAUCUGUAUGUAUGUGUAUAUGUUGCUACUGGAUAACUUGGUUGCCCUUUUGAGGAUUGCAGAAGGAUUCUUAGUUAAGUAAUUGCUAUAAAUCAGGUCUGGCAUCCAGUUUUGUGACCAGAACUUCAUAUUAAGGAAAAGAAAAAAGCACUAUGUGUCUGUGAGCGUAGAAGGAUAUGUCCAAAGGAUUCAACUCUUGAGUUGUAGGUGUGUGUGGUGGGGAGGAGCACAACAGAGGCCUUCACUGCCGGGGCUUUGCAGGAGGAACGCACAARCAACGGUGGAAAUGUAGAGCUCUGUACAUGGACGAUCAAAGGGAAAAAUAACACUGUGCCUCCUAAUUGACUUUUGUAGCUUUAAAACCCUGCUCCUACUCUCUUUGUGUCUUCCUAAGCCAAUGCUCUUAGGGAUCACUUUAAAAAAGGGUAUGCAAGAGGUGUAAUCUAUACGCAAAUGCCAUGGUUAAAAAGGUCAUGAAUAUACCUUCAGCUUGUGGUGAGGGAACCUAAUCCCUUAUGGAGCUGACAUCUCAUUUGUCACCUCCUUACUUUCUCAAAGUCCUUUCUGUUUCCUUCCCUGCCUUUCCCAGGAAGCCGAGUAGAAGCCCAAGAACAUGACCAAGCUUUAACUCGCUACCUCGAGCAUGGCAAUUUCYUCUGUGUUUUUUCAGACAUGCUGACAGUUCAUCUAUUUCAGCUCAAAAGAAUGUAAAUACUGUUGUGUUCAGUUUGUUUUUUUUUCCUAAGUGAUGUAACAAAUAUCUGUGCAGCACCGUAUAAACCGCAUCUGGAUUUAAGUCUACAGCCAAGAAUUUCAGGAUGCCCCACUUUACCUUUUAAGGCUGCUAAACAAAUAACAAAUCAGGCAGAUUGAGAUUUGUAACAAACUGGACCCUAGAAMUUGAGGCUGCUACAUGCUCUUCAGGAUGCUCUUUCCAACCAAGUUAAUGUUUCCCUUCUAAAGGUAACAGUCACUUGUGGUUGAAUCUUGUCCAAGUUCAUAGCUGUGCAUUUUCUGAGGCCACCCUGGAAGCGUAACAGAUAAUUCUUCUUCAUUUUUCCCAGAUCAGUCCAACAAAUUAACUGAAAUGUGCCUGAAAUGUAGCUGAGGGAUCAAUGUAGGGUUGAGUGUGAGCUGUUUUCUGACUGAAUCUGGUUCCUACUGAACUAAGCCUAAUUGCAGUUCUAGCGAGUUCAAGAAACAUGAAUGGUAACACAACUCUCUGCAAAAAUCAGUGUUUAAACCUGUUCUGCAGAGGACGUUUAGUUUGUGCUGUCUGUCUGCCUUUUUAUGGCCACAACUACUUUCCCCCCAGUCCCUAGAUAGUUCAAGAUCAAGUUUUUUUUCCUUUGGCUAUAGCCUUGAAGUGACCUUUUCCUUAUUCUUUAACUAAACUGCAAUGACAGAAGGCCAGAACCUUUUUUCAUCAGAAAUGAAUCAAUGCCUGAUAUAAGGAACAGUGGAGGCCAUUUGAAUUGAUAAAGCUGACCACAGUUUACCUCCUGGCCCACUGAAGAAAAUGAUACUAUGUAAAUGGAUUCUGGGCUGUUGGCACAGGCUCCAGGGACAGCAUUUUUUCCUUCUUUGCAGAAGAAUGAGUGCAGAAUGGGUAAUGUUCCACCACUGAAAACUUGAAAACGGGAUGGAAAUCUUUACCUAGGGCCUAAUUCAAUAAAAAUAUGUUGGCUUCUGAACUGUAAGAGCCUGGAAAAACAGUUUUCAUAGCACAGAAGCUGGAUGCAUUUAACUUGGUUGCAUCUGGUUGRUAAUGGUUUAAUGUUUACUGGUCAUGAAGUUAACAUCUGAGCCGUUAUAUUUCUUACUCAAAUGCUUUGACAGGAUUUCAGAUAUGCAGUCAUACUGACGUCUCGGAGAAAAACAGAAAGCUAGGUUUCUCUUGGGUGCUUUCCUUCUCUGUAAGAAACCGUCUCGGUUGAUCAAAACUGUGGGUUUAAGGAGGAGACUGGCUUGAGUCUGAGCAGCUUCCAUUUACAAAAAUAACAAAAUUUCCUCUACAAGAUCAUACUGCUUGUUAUCAUGCUGUACUGGAAGCAGUAGGUUAUACUUUAUAAGCAGCCUGUUUCAUAGUCUGGARUAGCAUUACUUUUAAUGUAGCCAGCUGUGACUGUUUCUGAAGAUGUGAUUUAUAUACAACUUGUUAUAGCCUUUUACUAGUUGUGUGUAAACUGAGGUCUAAUAACUUUAUGGAUACUGCUCUACACGGGGCUACACAGGGUCUAGGUUUUAGAAAUAUUACUUUUAAAAUUACCAGUAUUUUAUGAGCUCAAAUGAGGGGGAGAUGUCUCUAUGUAGUCUAUAAUCUGAUGUGCCUUAUAAAAAAAACUCUCUUCUGUUUUCUAAGUGUAGGCUAUAUUCCAAAAGAAAUAUUUCAUGUGAGAAUGGUAUAAAUGAGGUAUUUGGAAAUAAAUUCUGACCUUGACCUAUG